UGUGCAUACAUGCACACUUACACGUACACACAAAUAGAAUCUCACUGAACGCUCAUGCUGUAAAACCAGCUACUAAUUCCUGCUUUUAUAUACUCGUAUGUGCUACAACAGGAAAGGUUUAUGGACGGGAAGUGUCAGCUGCAGGUCUGGAUUGUUGUUUUGGAUAACAAUUUUGGAGGUUUUAGAUAAAAUGGAAAACUGAAAGGUGGAUGAGUUUAUGAAAAAAUCUCUAAGGGUUCUCCAACUCCACAGUCACCAUGCUGAAGGCUCAAGCAUCUCUAGCCUUGUGCUUGAGGCGUCUACCAAGCCGUACUUCAAUCCAAUCUAUCAGUCGUGUAACUUCUACCUCAAACUCACUGAGUCACCAUUAUGUCUCAUUGAGAACCUCAGCGAGUCAUCAUGGCGGUAGUAACAACUCAGUCAGUGACUCGACCUCGUCGGGUGCAAGUCACUCCUACUCAACUCUCGCUCCGGAGAAACUGGAUCCAAACAGAGUGCCAAUUAAUAAAGUCAUGGUGGCCAACAGAGGUGAGAUUGCUAUCCGAGUAUUCCGAGCAUGUACUGAGCUUGGUAUCAGGACAGUAGCUAUAUACUCCCAUCAAGAUAAAGGCAAUAUGCAUCGAGGGAAGGCUGAUGAAGCUUAUCUAGUAGGAGCUGGACUGCCACCCGUACAAGCAUACCUAGAUAUACCAGAUAUUAUCCGCAUUGCAAGGGAGAAUGAUGUAGAGGCCAUUCAUCCUGGUUAUGGGUUCCUAUCCGAGAGGGCAGACUUUGCUCAAGCCGUUGUAGAUGCUGGUUUAAGAUUCAUUGGACCUUCUCCUGAGGUAGUACACAAGAUGGGAGACAAGGUUGAGGCAAGAGCAAUCGCUAUUGCUGCAGGUGUACCUGUAGUUCCAGGCACGGAUGGCCCUGUACAUAGCAAGGAAGAUGUGAGGCAAUUUGUAGAGAAGUUUGGUCUCCCUAUCAUGUUGAAGGCUGCGUAUGGUGGUGGGGGUCGAGGAAUGAGAGUAGUGCGUAACAUGGAGGAUGUAGAAGAAGAUUUCCAGCGUGCAUCAUCUGAAGCCAAAGCAGCAUUCGGUGAUGGCUCAAUGUUCAUUGAGAGAUUCAUUGAAAGACCAAGACAUAUUGAAGUGCAGAUACUGGGUGAUAAGUAUGGGAAUGUGAUUCAUCUGUUUGAGCGCGAUUGUUCCGUCCAACGUCGUCAUCAGAAACUGAUAGAAAUAGCUCCUGCACCUCUAUUGGAUGCAGAGUUAAGAGAUCGCAUCACAUCAGAUGCCGUUAAGCUGGCUAACUAUGUUGGCUAUGAGAAUGCAGGGACUGUGGAGUUCUUAGUGGAUCAAAAUGCUGAGCAUUAUUUCAUUGAGGUCAAUGCUCGAUUGCAAGUUGAACAUACUGUGACAGAGGAAGUAACAGGAAUUGACUUGGUUCAAUCUCAGAUCAAGAUUGCUGAGGGAAGCUCCCUCCCUAGCCUUGGCUUAGCUCAAGAUGAUGUCAAGAUACAAUGCAGUGCCAUGCAAUGUAGGAUUACAACAGAAGAUCCGGCUAAGAACUUCCAACCAGAUAUGGGGAGAAUAGAGGUGUUCCGUAGUGGUGAAGGUAUGGGGAUCCGUAUAGACAGUGCCUCCGCAUUCGCUGGUGCCUGGGUGUCGCCCCAUUACGACUCUCUGCUAGUCAAGAUUAUUGCCAGCGCUAGAGAUCAUCAGAGUGCUGUUGCUAAGAUGCUUAGGGCACUCGCUGAGAUCCGUGUUAGGGGUGUCAAAACAAACAUACCCUUCUUACAGAAUGUCUUGACUCACGAUCAAUUCAUCAUUGGUAAGGUCGACACAUACUUCAUUGAUGACAACCCAGCUCUGACUACACACUUUAAGCGCAGUCAGAACAGAGCCCAGAAACUCUUACGUUACUUUGGUAAUACCUUGAUUAAUGGACCGUCUACACCGCUGGCUACAGGAUUGAGACCAACGUCAGUGGAGGCACCUAUUCCUAGUACACCAUUUGGAGUGGCUCCCCCACUUGGAUUUAGAGACGUCCUCAUCAAGCAAGGACCUGAAGCUUUUGCUAAGGCAAUAAGAGAACACAAAGGACUAUUGCUGACUGAUACAACAUUUAGAGAUGCUCACCAGUCCCUUCUUGCUACAAGAGUUCGGACAUUUGACCUCAAGAACAUAUCUCCGUUUGUUUCUCACAACUUCAAUAACUUGUGCAGCGUUGAGAAUUGGGGAGGUGCUACAUUUGAUGUUGCUAUGCGGUUUCUUCAUGAAUGUCCAUGGGAGAGAUUAGAAACUCUACGUAAGCUCAUCCCCAACAUACCAUUCCAGAUGCUGUUACGAGGUGCUAAUGCUGUCGGAUAUACAAGCUAUCCGGAUAACGUCGUAUUCAAAUUCUGUGAGUUGGCCCAGAAGUCCGGCAUGGAUAUCUUCCGUGUCUUUGACUGUCUGAACUAUCUUCCGAACAUGAUUCUUGGUAUUGAGGCAGCGGGAGCCUCAGGAGGUGUGGUUGAAGCUUCUAUGAGCUACAGUGGAGAUGUUUCUGAUCCAAGUAAAACCAAGUAUACUAUGGAGUAUUAUAUGAAACUAGCUGAUGAGUUAGUGAAGGCUGGCACACACAUCUUGUGCAUCAAGGACAUGGCUGGUCUGUUGCGCCCUCGUGCAGCUUCAAUGCUCGUUGGAGCUUUACGUAAUAAAUAUCCCGAUAUGCCGAUCCACAUCCACACUCAUGAUACCUCAGGUGGAGGUGUGGCUUCUUUGUUAGCUGCUGCUCAUGCUGGUGCUGAUGCUGUGGAUGUUGCAGUGGAUACUAUGUCUGGGAUGACAUCACAGCCGAGUAUGGGAGCUGUUGUUGCAGCGCUGGAAGGCACUGAAUUGGAUACAGGAAUCCCAUUGGAAGAGGUGUUUAACUACAGUGCUUAUUGGGAGGUUGUACGUCAGUUCUAUGGUCCAUUUGAAUGUGCAGUAACAAUGAAGAGUGGUAAUGCAGACAUCUAUAAGAAUGAAAUCCCUGGUGGUCAAUACACAAAUCUACAAUUCCAGGCUUUCACUCUCGGACUUGGGUCUCAGUUUAAGGAAGUCAAGAAAGCUUAUGUAGAAGCCAAUCAGUUGCUGGGGGAUCUUAUCAAGGUGACUCCCUCGUCUAAAGUAGUGGGCGACUUGGCUCAGUUCAUGGUGCAGAAUAAGAUGGACGGUGCAACGCUUCUAGAGAAAGCAGAAGAAUUGUCUUUCCCGACCUCAGUGGUAGAAUUCAUGCAGGGAUACUUGGGUCAACCUUAUGGGGGCUUUCCUGAACCACUCAGAUCAAAGAUCAUUAAAGAUGGGCCAAGGAUUGAUAAGCGUCCAGGAGAAAUGCUUCCCCCAAUGGACUUUGACAAACUCAAGGAGGAGUUGGUUGAGAAACAUGGCUCAGAUGUGACUGAGCAGAACAUUGUCACAUCAGCACUGUACCCAAAGGUCUAUGACGACUUCCGCAACUUCAGGAAACUGUAUGGUCCUGUAGAGACAAUAUCAACGAGAUUGUUCUUUGUUGGACCUAAUAUUGCAGAAGAAUUUGAUAUUCAAAUUGAGAAGGGAAAGAGACUCCAUGUGAAGAUGCUCGCUAUGGGAGAUAUGGAUGAAAAGACUGGAGAAAGAGAAGUCUUCUUUGAACUCAACGGUCAACUCAGAUCAUUGCUGAUCAAGGAUACAAUAGCUACCAAGGAGAUUAACAUCCAUCCCAAAGCCCAGCAGGGUGUGAAGGGAUCCAUUGGAGCUCCAAUGCCUGGUGAAGUGAUUGAUGUUAGGGUACAAGUAGGAGACCAAGUAGAGAAAGAUGCCCCUAUUGUAGUUCUGAGUGCUAUGAAGAUGGAGAUGGUAGUAAGGGCACCUAUUGCUGGAACAGUCAAGAAUAUUCAUGCAAGGAAAGGUUUAGCUGUGCAAGGAGAUGAUCUCUUGGUUGAGAUUGAGUAGAACGCAUCAACCUCAGUAUUUCGCUCGGCCCCAGCAGCCAGAUCUAACCAGGACGGCUGGGAUGGUCUAAUCAGCUUGCACAGAUUCUUGUUCAGGAAGUACGUCAUGCGUGCUUGGCUCAAUGUGAGUGUGCUGCAUGAUGGGACUGAGCAUUUACAAAUGAGCGUGCUUGAUACGUUUGCCCAUCCCAACGCCUUUGGUUAAGGCAAGGCGCUGGGGACGAGCGAACCCCAGUACUACAUGUUUAGGCCUUGAACUUUGCUCUUGAAAGGGGAAAAUGGAAAUGGAAAUAUGGGGAAAAUGGAAAUUUGUUUUGGAACUUUGCAAAGAGCACCACAGAAGAAGCACAGGGCACCACGGCAGGGGCCGAGGGUUAUUUCAAGGCAUGUUAUUUUCUUAGUACUUCAUGUUGUUUGUAUAUUAUUGAAAUAUUUACAUUGUGAAAAAUGUAAAUCAGAGAAUUUGGCCAGUGUAAAAAAAAAUAGACCGAAAAGGACAAUUUAAAUCGGACCUAAAAAAAAUUAGGAGUUUUGAAUCUUUAAAAUGCUUCAAAACUAAAGCAGAGAUUAUGACUAAAAAAAAUUAAACCUCCUGAAUUAGUUCACAUUAAAGUUGAAGGUGAGAGAUAAUGCAGGUAGAUGUUUUUACACUCGGAAGGAAAUCGUGCUUUUAAAAUAAAUCUAUCUUACGCCCAACAUACAAUGUUUUCAUCUUGCUUCUUUAUACUUGUAAACAUUUCUGGAAUCCAAGAAACUUUUAUUUGGAAUGAAAUAGUUAUAUUUUGUAAAUUUGACUACCUAAAGUUUUAGUUUCGACAUAGCAAUACAAGAUAUAUUUUUAUGGUUAUUGUUGGUUGUGUUAUGAAAUUAUGUCAAUUAGCAUAAGUUACAAAUCUUCAGCUAUUUCAAAAAGCACUAAGAUUUACCGUAAAGAUGUGCUGUCAAUAUCACCUUAGUGAUUUGGGCUAUGACAUUACACUUUGCUUAGCAAUUAAAAUUGUUCAUUUUUUUGUGUGAAAAUGUGUUGUGGGCUGAUGCUAGUGAGUAUAAAGUAGUGAAUCUUGGUCUGCAGUAAGUAAGUAAGAUUGAGAAAAAGAAUAUUUAAUACUAUCUGCCUGUUUUAGUCGCGGAUAAGUUAUUUUGUUUCCCAACAUCAGUCUUCAAAUUAUACACUCCUCCGGUGUUUUAAAACUCAGUGCCAGUUGACUAUUUCGUUUUUAAGUAUGAAUGGAUGGAUAUUUAGCAAUGAUAGCUGGUGAAACAAACUAAAGUUGGUUUCGCAACUUUGCUUGUAGAAUGGUAAUCUAAAUGUUCCAGGGUAUAAAGUUAUGUUGGUGCAGAUGACGCAAAACAGGAGCAAGAAUAAACCUUGAUGUUGUUUUAAGUUAAUGCACCUAUGAAAUAUGGCAAAGUAGAUAGGCACAUAACAAGUUCAACCAAUAGUAAGUACGGCUUUACAUGUAUGGGAUACAUACAACAUAAAAGCUCCUUUUAAACUAUACAAAUUUCCUUGGAAAAUCUGGGGACAAGUUAUAUACAAUCUCUGUACUAGAUUCUUAAGGGUUCCUUUCAUGAUAGUUUUUUUUUACCAGGGUUUUGUCUUUUUUUAGCCUCUCUUCCAAUAAAUUAAUUUUCACUAACAUCUUUACCUCCUUUCACAUUUUUUUGUAUUAAAAACUUCCAGUAGGUCUCCUGAACCAUAUCUAGAUAAAUGUGUGUUUUUUUCCUAAUAGUAUAUCAGCCUUACCAAUGCAAGUUUUUGGAAUUGUCCAUUUGUUGACUACAUGGGUCUUAAGUCUUGUUAGUUGUAUAACUUUACAGUACUUUAUAAUUUGCCUCGGUCAUUGUAAGAUGACAUCGUCAUGUAAUGUCUAAACAUGAAAUUCAGUACAGUUAUGUUAAUGUGUACAAUUCUAAUCCGCAAUGUUCGACGCUAAACUAUUCCCAACAAAUUGCAAUGUAAAGUACAAUAAAUUACCUCAUAACUUGAAAUGUGUAGCGAUUGCACAGAGCAAUGAAUUAGCUGCAGAUUAACGUAUUAGUCUUAGGGAGCCAGCCAUUGUGUGAAACUAAUGAUAAUUGUACUGCUCUGGUCUAAGUAGACUUGGAGCUUUUAUAACCCUCCUACUGUUUGACCGUUAAAUGUCAUCUACUAGGUUUUUGAAUGAUAUAUAUCAUAUUGUGAAUGAAACUAGACUGUACAAACUUAACCCUCCUACUGUGUAACCAUUCAAUGUCAUUCACUAGGGUUUUGAAUGAUAGAUAUACUAGCCUGUAAUGUGAUGUCAUAGGUGAAUUUUAAACUACACUGUACAAGGUCAACCCUCCUACUUUCCGACCAUUCGAUUUGAUUUUUCAUGAUAGGCUGCCUACUGAUAUCAUGUGGUAAAUGCAUGCAUAGUAUGCAGUUGUUCAACUUAAGAUAGUCUUUGCUGGUGAAUGGUUUCAAAAUGCUCGGUCAAUUUGUUGAAAAAUGGUACUAAGAGUAGGAGGAUUAUAAAAAGGUAAGCUAGUGCAGUGUUUCUACUGUUUCUAAUUGAACAGAUUGUCCGCAUAUAUUUUCUGUUUUAAUUGUCAAAGCAAUAAUGAAUAUGAUUCUUCAAAUAAAACAGAAAGAAGCUUCUGUAAAGAUGAAAUAAUACCUUACGUGUGGUUCAUGUAUUAAUUAGUAAUGUGUAAUUUGAUAUAUCACCUGUAUCUUAAUGUACAUACAUGUAUUUAUUUAACCGUGCCAAAAAUACAGUUCAUAACUGCAUGCGAACUGCCACAGCCGGGUAUUCACAAUUUUAAAAACGAUGUGUAUGGAUUGUUCGCAUCGCAUGUCGUUGUUUGGCAUUUGCUUUCGAAGGUCUAGGCUUCGGCCUAGUGGUUAAAUAUUAUUUGUGAUCAAUCAUGGGUGCUGGAAUAAAAGAAACAGUAGCAAUAUGAA